GCCUCGCUCGGCGGCGGCGCGGGCGGGGGAGCGGAGCGGCGGCAGGCGGCGGCAGUGCCAUCUAGCGGCGGGCGUGGCAGCGAAGGCGCCGUCCCCGCAACACAGCCACAGCCAGUGACGUCACACCAGCGUAAUGGGCACCAGUUUUAUCGAAUGGUGUUGAAUGGGUGACAGUACGGUCGGCCUUACAGUCACUUUUGCCCCAUUUCCCUAUGCACUACUGGGACCUAUUGGUGAGGUGAGACGGGGCUUGUGAGCACCUGAGCAGAGAGAACACGGGCGAUGUUCACGGGCAGCCUUAAAGUGAAAAUAUGCGAAGCUACCGAUCUCCGCCUUACCGACUGUAUGACCCGCUAUGUCGGAGUAGCAGGGGUGGGAAAAGGUCCUCAAGACCAAACCCUGGAUCCUUACGUGACGCUGGAGGUGGACGAGGUACACUGGACCAAGACGCAGGCCCGACAGAAGACCUUUACGCCCAUAUGGAACGAGAGCUUUGAGCAAGACGUGAUGGGCGCCGUCCAGCUCGGCCUCAAGAUCUUCCAUGACUCCGCGGUCGGCAACGAUGACUUCGUGGCCGACGCUUCCUUGCUCUUCGAGGAAAUAUGUGCCGAGAACCAGACCCAUGCCGACAUCUGGGUGGACUUAGAACCUCAGGGGAAGCUACACGUGGUGAUUGAACUAAAAUGGGCACCACCAGAAGAUGGAGGCGUCCGCCCACGAGAAUUCAGGGAACGGCAGGGCUUCAACCGGCGACGGGGUGCCAUGAGGAGGCGGGUUCAUCAGGUCAAUGGUCACAAAUUCAUGGCUACGUUCCUACGGCAACCUACAUUCUGCUCGCAUUGUCGAGAAUUCAUAUGGGGUCUAGGGAAACAAGGAUAUCAGUGUCAAGUAUGUACUUGCGUAGUCCACAAACGCUGUCACCAGUCGGUUGUCACACGAUGUCCAGGAAGCAAGAGUGAGACCAUCAAUGAGGAACCUUCAGUCCAGGGAAGUUGUCAACCGCGAUUCAACGUCAAUGUGCCACAUCGGUUUUCUGUUCACUCCUACAAACGGUUCACAUUCUGUGACCAUUGUGGCUCAUUACUUUAUGGCCUUAUUCGUCAGGGUCUCCAAUGUGAAGUAUGCAACAUGAAUGUUCACAAGAGAUGCCAAAAGAAUGUAGCCAACAAUUGUGGGAUAGACGUAAAACAGUUAUCAGAAAUUCUAGCCACCAUGGGUAUUCGGCCCCAAGAUGAAGCAGCCAAACGCAAGAAGAAGUCUGUUAGUGAGACUAAGUUAUCAUCAGCCACCGCCCCUGUUAGUGUCCCAGGAAUCAUCGGAGAAGUUGAAGUCCCAGGUGAAAUGAAUGAGGAAGAGCUAAGACUAAGGAUUGAAGCUCAGCGUAUCAUGGACAAGAAGAUGAAGGAACGCUGUGCAGAAGAAGGACUAGAUGCCAAGUCAAAGCCACACGAUACUUCUUUAGAUGUCAUGCUUGGUGGGAAGAAGGUAGACCUGGAUGACUUCUCAUUCAUUAAAGUGCUUGGCAAAGGAAGUUUUGGAAAAGUAAUGCUAGCUGAACUCAAAGGGACAGAUGAAGUCUAUGCCAUCAAGGUGCUUAAGAAAGACGUGAUCCUACAAGAUGAUGAUGUAGAAUGUACAAUGACUGAGCGGCGGAUCUUAGCGAUGGCUGCCCACCACCCCUUCCUCACUGCCCUCCACUCUUGCUUUCAAACCAAGGAUCGAUUAUUCUUUGUUAUGGAGUAUGUUAACGGUGGCGACCUAAUGUUCCAAAUUCAGAAGGCUCGCAAGUUCACAGAGUCACGUGCAAGAUUUUAUGCAGCUGAGGUCACGUUGGCCUUACAGUUCCUCCAUAAAAAUGGUGUUAUUUACAGAGAUUUGAAAUUAGAUAAUAUUCUACUAGACAGUGAAGGACAUUGUAAAAUAGCUGAUUUUGGUAUGUGUAAGGAAGGCAUCAGGGAUAAUAUUACAACAACCACCUUCUGUGGAACACCAGAUUACAUUGCACCAGAGAUUCUUAAAGAGUUGGAUUAUGGUGCAAGUGUUGACUGGUGGGCACUAGGAGUUCUCAUGUAUGAAAUGAUGGCAGGACAGCCACCAUUUGAGGCUGAUAAUGAAGAUGAUCUCUUUGAGUCCAUCCUGCAUGAAGAAGUUUUGUAUCCAGUGUGGCUUUCAAAGGAAGCAGUUUCUAUACUGAAAGGGUUUAUGACAAAGGAACCAUCCAAGCGGUUGGGCUGCGUUGCAGAGCGAGGAGGAGAAUUGGCAAUUCGUAACCACAAAUUCUUCCGAGAGAUAGACUGGGAGGCUCUUGAGCAGCGCAAAGUUAAACCACCAUUUACACCUAAGAUAAAAGGACGUAAGGAUACAGUCAACUUUGAUGCAGAGUUCACCAAGGAAGAGCCAACUCUCACCUUUAUUAAUGAAGAAGUUGUUCGUGCUAUCAACCAAGACGAGUUUAGAGGAUUUUCUUUUGUUAAUCGUGAAUUUAAGUCCAUGGCGGCUGCACCAUGUCAAACCUAAGUGCAAAUGCAGCACAGUACAAAGUGCUAAAGUCUCCCCAGGAAACUUGAUGUGCAGAUUAUAUGAGAGGAUUCUUUAGGGAAGAAAGCAGAUGAAGGAUGGGAAAUAAGCAAUGAAUAAUAGUAGGAAAGAUUUCAAUUUUGACUGCACAAAGAGUUGAAUGUCUCAACAAGCACAACUGAGAAUGGCUGUAUUGUGAUUAACAUUGUAUAUCUAAUAAUACUCUUUAUGAUGGAUUUUUUUCAUUAUUAAUAUAGUUUUUUUUUUUUUUUUUUUCAAAAGAUUCUAAUAUGGAAGAUCUCUGAAUUUAUAAGUUAAAAUAUUUUUAAAUAUAGAUAUAUUUCAUGAUGGAAAGAUAUUACAUGGGAGCGUUGUAGAGAGAUUUUUUUUAAAAAUUGAAGAUAGUAUUUAUAUAGUGUUGUUCUGUAAAUGCAUGAUGCAUUUGGAAUAUGAUAGGAAGAUACAAAGUUCGUAAGGAAUUUUACAAAGAAUGAUUCUAAUGUUUAUUUAUUUUUUACUGACUUCUUUCAGUGUAUUGUUAGGGAAAAUUGCCAACUUUUGAACUUCCAGUUCUGGAGGUUUGAAGGAUAUAUAUUGCAUUUUAAUGCAGUAAGCACUUACUAUAGAUAAUCAACCUAUGAGGCUCAUGAUUUAGCACAUGUAAAGAAAGGGAAAAGGAAGUGAAAUUGAAAGUUAUAACCUUUGACUAAAAUUGCUUGUCCAGUUAUGGUACCAGAUGAUUCCAAAAGGCUAGUAAGAAGUGCACAAAAGAUAACUAGCAUCAGGAUAAUAUUUAAUGUCUGGCAGUGGAAAGAAACUUGGAUGCAGGUAUGGGGGAGACCAGAUGUAGGACCAUACAACUCAUAUUAACUUUUGGCCCUCUUUUAUAUUGUUUCUAGGUCACUCAGUCACAUAAACAUACACUCAUGUACACUCACAUGCUAUAACACACUCACAAUCAAACAGGCGCAUAAAAAUAUUUUAUAUUCGUAAAGUGGUGGAAGCCCUCCUCACAUACUUAUGGUGCAAUAUGCCAAAGAAAAUGGGCUUGACAAGUCCUUAUUAAUGUGCAUCAAUCACAAGUGUUUAGAUUAUACUUAAUAAGUUGCCAGGUGUUUUGCAGUCCAAUAUGAAAACAGAAGAUGUUUGUUUGUAUAAGACUGUAUGCUUCCAGUUCUGAAUUUAGUGGUAUUCAGGGUUGUCUCAUGUAUGGAAUCAUUUCUCCCCCACAACAUUUGGUCUUUCCCAUCAUGCAUUCUUAACCUUAGUGACUCUUAUCUACGCACAAUUUACAGGCAAGUGGCAAGAUCAGCUUUUUUUGAGUCAUUGGUGGCAUUUCAGUAAGUUUACUUUUCCCCCCCACCUAAGUUAUGAUACGGGAAAUUAUUGCUUAUUAGACGCUCACCAACCAGGUUCAAUGUAGCUGUUCUGAUCACAGCUCUGUACUACAGACAUCCAGGUAGUGGAUAAACUAUACUAUUGUAGACAAUGUGGUAAUGUGCUUUUAUAGUUCUCAAAUGGCAUACAUUUAUUGUGUGUCUUCUCUUCUUCCUCAGCAGAUUAAAAAAGAAAAAAAAAAGGGCAAGAUCGUUGUUAAAAAACGUACCCUAAAAACUUGAAUGAUAUGAAUAAGAUUCAAGUCGGAACUACAUAAGGUCCACAGUUUAUUGACCUACAUAUUGAGCUUAGACCAGUAUUGCAUUUCAUAGAAAGGAUAAAUAAGUUUUCCAUCAUAUUCAUGACCAUAAGAGGGAAGCAAAAAAACAUAUAACAUUAAAAAAAAAAAAAAAAAACAUAUAACUCUCAGUGCGUAGUAGAGGGGAACAGAAACCCCUCCCACUCCCCAUCCCCACCCCACCCCACCUCUGAAUGUUGGUGUGUGUGUGCGCAUCUGUGUUAAGUCCCAGGCGGUGGUGUGUGUGUCGCAGCCAAUUUAGAGGUUGUAGAACAGCCGCUUAGCCAAGACAGUCGUGUGGGUAAAACUGUCCCCAACUCACAUGGGUCUUAAUGGUCCAGAAGUCAACUUUGAUUAAUGGAUUUAUCUGUAAAAGUUUACUUCCAUUAUAAUUUGAUCUGUCCAGCAUAACUUGUGCAGGACAAUGAAGGUGCUGGAUUUCUUAAUAUUUCACUACAGUAACUGCUGAAAAAUCAUAAUGAGUACACUUCCAUUAAGUAAAGAGGUUGAUUUAAAUGUGAGUUACCACUUCUAGAGACUCCCAAUAAGUAGGGUUUUUUUUCGUUUUUUUUCUCUAAUUGUAACAUAAUAUAUACUCCAUUGAGAUUCUUAGAGGUGGUGGGAUUCCCUGUUAAUGCUAGUGUUGGCUAUGGCCUCAGGUUAGUGAGUUGAGCCAGUGAUGCUGCGACCCGUCACCGCUGUGUCUUCUAGCAAAUCUUCCAAUGGUUCACGCCUGUUGAUUAUUUUAUUUUUUAGUAGUGUGGUAUAAUUGUUGUGAUGUGGACAGCCAGAUGUGGGGCAAGUCUCCCCCAGCACUCCCCAGUGCUUCUUUGCCCUGCAUUUGUGUGUGUCCACAGUAUUUUAAUAAACUCCUGCCCUUGUCCCCAGCCCACUGCUUAUGGUCUGGCCUGGGACAGAGGUGUUGGAAAUGUGUCACUCAGCCGCUGGGGGCCGGGGUCCAGUCAUGAUUGUGGCCCUCAGCAGGCCAUCUAAGUCACUCUUGUCAUCUGCCUUAUCGUCUUUCGCACAAAGAAGGAAUUUUGUUGUGACUAGUGGGUGAGCAUGAUGGAGGGCAGGCAGUGGUCCGUCUCCCCCAGGCGGCGCAUGUCGCUGUCACCACUGGCUGCCUCAGGUUGCUGUAUAGACCUGUGCACCCCAAACCAUGCCCGCUGUCUCUGUGUGCAAUAUUACUUGGCCUCGGGUCAGAGUAGCCAUUCACUGGUAACAUUUGACUCCUAGGCCAAGAUUGGUGUGGUACCUGUGAUGCAUCCAUCCGCGCACACCCACCUCCAAGGCAGUGUUCUACAACCAUUCUUGACUCAUUACCAUAUCUCAUAGCCCAGAAAACAUUGGUAUUGCAACAAGGCCAAAGAUAGUAGAUAAUGUACUGGUAGAAAAGAAUCAAAUCUUGUAGUGUGCAGUUUUGCUGUCUUCAUUGUUUGUGUUGUGGUCAAAAUCUGCGUUGUUAAGUAGAUAGUUGUCUUGUGAGCUGCUUACAACUCAAAGCCAGGAACGCUUGUUUGUUUGCAGUCCAACAGACAGUCAUGGGCAGAUGGCCUUUUGCAGUCACAUUAUAAGCCUUAUAAGGCUCCAUCUUUGCUUAGAAGGUUUGCGAUUUGCAACCUUUGUCAAGACCAUUAUUAUAGUGAAGACCUUAACAAAGGGUCUCUUAGGAGCCUUGUGCAGUAUUCCAGAGGUUUAUUGCACUUCAGCGUCCUGGUCAGGUGAGAUGUGCUUUUUUUGCUGUAGUCUGCAAGUAAGUGGCUACUGCAUGCUGUGAAUCUGAAAAUCUGCAUUCACAGCAGAAUAAGCUGUGUUUCUCUGCUAAUAUCAUAGGUCUGCUUGAUAAAACCUGUAAGCAAGCAGUGUGCUGACCAUUAAUGCUCUCUAGACAAGACUUUAUGUUCAUUAGUAUUGCAGUGGGUAGCAUAUACUCUACAAUACAGUGAGCUGUGGAGAAAACUUCCAGCUCACUUCUUGAGUGGUCAGUGUCUGAUAGCCAAGUCUACCAGAAAGCUGGAGUAAGAAUUUCCAGUUGUAGUUUUUCAUUAUGCUUACCAUUUGACUUCCAGUGGAGCAGUUGGUAGUAUAAAAUUAUGUGUAAGACGUGAGUGCUACACCAGUGAAGAGUCUUACAAGAAAUAAGCUUUUUUAUUGUCUGGUAUGCUUUCCUCCCCCUAUACCAGAUAGGACUAGUGAAUGGUUGCUAAAGCUGCUUUUUAGUAGCUGGAGUUAAAUUGGGGGAAAGAGAAUCCUAAGUAGUACUUGGACCUUCAUGUUGCAUUUCUCACAGCCGUUCCGCUGCUGUAGGCUGGAACCUUACAGAAGUGUUUAGGAACAUCUCUCUAUUCUGGAUGGUCCAGGCUUAGGGAAAGAUUAGAUUUUUUUUCUUAUUUGAAAUAUAAGGUAUAAUUUUCAUAACAGUAAUGAUUAUAAUAGGGUAAUGAAAUUAUCAUAAUUUUUCUACAGUAAUUAUUAUUUAUUUUGAUUACUAUCAUAAUUAAAUUAUUGUCCAUCAGAAGCUGAAAUAUGUAAUUGGGCUUAUAUGACAAUUUUCAGAUAAGGACACAAGUGUUUCACCGUAGAAGCUUCUGUAAGUCAUAACUUUUAUUAGUAGCGGUUUGGAGUGGAAAUGACAACUAGGAGUAGUCUUUUUCUGAUCCACCUUAAAGCAACAUUGUAUUACAGAGCCCAAUUCCCAGAAGGGCUAAACUCAAAAGGUGGACCCAUAUUCUCAUGGUGUCCUUUACAAAUUAUAGCCCAAUUAGUAGUGCAGUCUAACUUAUAAAGCAGCCUAAGUUACUGUAUGGUCAAAUUCAGAAUGGGGCUGUGCUUUAGUGAGGUGCAUUUAAACAGGACUUCACUUCGGUGAGGCCCUUCCUCUUUAGGAUCUUGCUUUAGUGAGGCCCUCUUCAUGCAGGGUGCUGCUUUAGUGAGGUCCUUAUAUCGGACCCUUAUCUAGUGAGACCCUUCGUAAUGCAUGACU